AUGGCUUCUCCUUUCCCUGAAUCCGACAGGUUCCCCAACCAACCCUUAGACGUUUCCGACUGCAACUUCGACAUAUGCCCAAUAUCCCGCUCAAUCUUCAGGUACAAACCUGACCUCGCCAUGGCAAUAGUUCCACUAGUCCUCUUCGGCCUCCUUGCUGUUGGCCACAUAAUCUAUGGCUGGCGCUACAAAACAUGGACCUACACAAUAUCCAUCCUAAUCGGCAUCUCUCUAGAGCUUGCAGGCUACGUAGGCCGCAUCCUCGCCCACGGCAACCCAUUUCCGCUGGACUACUAUCUCCUACAGAUCAUAGUGCUUACAACUGCACCUGUUCUGUUUUGCGCUGCCAUCUACAUCUGCUUAGGCAGCAUCGUAGCUAUCUGCGGACCGAAAAUGUCCAGGCUGCGACCAGCAUGGUAUACACCUAUAUUCCUGACCUGCGACGCUACCUCUCUAGGCCUCCAGGGUGCAGGCGGAGCUCUCACAUCCAUUGCAGAUGAUGCAGAGGGUCGGCAACAGGGUAUUAAUAUUAUGCUCAGCGGUCUGUCGUUCCAGGUUGCAACGAUUGCUAUCUUCGCGUUUCUCUUCCUCGAGUUCCUGUGGCGCACCCACGCAUCACACAAGGUCAGCACCAGUAUCCAAAAUGCCUCGUUGGCGCAGUCGAAGAAGUGGACUGCAUUUCUGUGGUCGUUGGGCUCAGCGACGAUGUUGAUCCUUAUACGUUCUAUUUACAGGGUCGCCGAGAUGGCUGGUGGCUACGAUGGUGAGCUUAUGAAGGAUGAGAACACAUUUUUGGUAUUUGAAGGGGUACUGAUUGUGGUUGCGGUGCUGUUGUUGUUGGUGUUCCAUCCUGGGGCUGUGUUGGAUGGGUUUGGGGGGACUGUCAAAUCGAAGGGGUCAUAUAAGACGGCAUUUGGCAGCUCGGGUGAAGGAGACUCGGAGAUGAGCCCUAUGCACCCAUGA